AUGGAUCCGUAUCAGAACUUCGCUGACCCCGCCGGUCCUUCGAGAAGAUACAAUAGCAACCCCCCGCCGAACCAGCCCCCGAUGUCGCGAGAUUACAACGGCCAUCCGCAAGCCCAACCUCCACCUCCAGCCGGAUUCAUGUACGAGCAGUACCAAGGUGGAAUGGGCGCCCAUUCUCAGUCUGUCGCGGCCUCCCCCACUGCAACUCCACAAAUGAGGGACGGGAAUGGGGAUGUGGCUAUGCAGGAUGCCGGAGAUUCGUAUAGUGGAAUGAAGUACCCCAUGCGACCUCAUCACCAGCAGCACCUUUCUGGCAGUCGAACAUCUACUCAAGAGCCCUCGGCUGCAGCUCAGAGAUAUUCCCCCAUGGAGACAUUGUCCCCAAGUUCGCCUUAUGGCGCGCAACAGCAAGGCCAAUACGGGGCUCGACAAUCACCCACCCGAUCUGGAAACUACACAUCUCCUAACUCAUAUUACAGUCGCCAGCAACCUCAGCAGCUAGCUCCGAUUACGCCUUUUCCUUCCAACAACGAGAGCUAUCCGUCCUCUGCGACAGCUCAACUGAACGCUGUGUUUGGAAAUGACCCCAAAUCACCCCGCCGGCCGGUUCCACAAUCAGCAGGCCCUCCUGGAAGAGGACCCGUUCCCGAAUUCAGGAAAGUUCGAGAUGUGACUGAUUUGCAGCCCAAAGUCAAUGCUCAACCAGCUUUCCGAAGAGCUAACCCUGAGGGGGGUUUUAUUAGUCCUUUACAAGCCCUCACAAGCCACUUACCAUCCACCUACCGCAUUUGCAACCCUAGCUUCAAAUACGAAUCAUCUCGAAAUCCCCGCCGAGUCCUAACGAAACCUAGCAAGGGUGUGAAGAAUGACGGUGUCGAUAAUGAAGACAGUGAUUAUAUACUUUUUGUGAAUGACAUUCUCGGGUCUGAAGAGACUGGUCAUAAGAACCGGUACCUUAUCCUCGAUGUCCUUGGACAGGGCACUUUUGGCCAAGUCGUAAAGUGCCAGAACUUGAAGACUCAGGAGGUCGUUGCUGUGAAAGUUGUCAAAAAUAGGACUGCAUACUUCAACCAAAGCAUGAUGGAGGUUUCGGUACUUGAUUUGCUCAAUACAAAGCUCGAUAAGAACGAUGACCACCAUCUUCUUCGACUCAAGGACACUUUCAUCCAUCGUCAGCAUCUUUGCUUGGUAUUUGAGCUGCUGAGUGUCAAUUUGUAUGAGCUCAUCAAGCAAAACCAGUUUCGUGGACUGAGCACCACGCUUGUGCGAGUGUUUGCGCAACAAUUAUUGAACGGAUUGAGUUUGCUAAACAAAGCUCGACUGAUCCAUUGCGAUUUGAAGCCGGAGAACAUAUUAUUGAAGAAUCUCGAGAGCCCAAUCAUCAAGAUCAUUGAUUUUGGAUCAGCCUGCGAUGAACGGCAAACAGUCUACACCUAUAUCCAAUCCAGAUUUUACAGAUCUCCUGAGGUCUUGCUUGGCCUACCAUACUCGUCAGCUAUCGACAUGUGGUCAUUAGGAUGUAUCGUCGUCGAGCUUUUCCUGGGUCUGCCCUUGUUCCCAGGUUCUUCGGAAUACAAUCAAGUUUCUCGCAUAGUGGAGAUGCUUGGGAACCCCCCCAAUUGGAUGCUUGAAAUGGGCAAACAAUCCGGGGAGUUCUUUGAGAAGAGGCACGAUGUGGAUGAUUACGGAAGGCGGACCUAUCACCUCAAGAGCAUGGAGCAAUACUCUCGAGAGCACGGCACGAAAGAGCAGCCUAGCAAGAAGUAUUUUCAGGCAACACAAUUGCCAGAUAUAAUUCGAUCAUACGCGAUGCCAAGGAAGAACAUGAAGCAGAGCGAGAUCGAUCGAGAAAUGAACAACAGAGUUGCAUUUAUCGAUUUUGUACGCGGACUGCUUAACAUCAACCCAUUGGAGCGGUGGUCACCUCAACAAGCAAAAUUGCAUCCAUUUAUCACGCAACAGAAAUACACUGGACCCUUCGUGCCUCCGAUGAACCUCAAAUCGAGUUCCGUGAACCGAUCACCUGCUCCGGGAACGCAACAGCAGCAGCAAGCUGAAGCUUUGAGCAAGCAACGAGCAGCUGCAGCCGCACAGGCAGCCUCUGUGCAGGCCCACACCAUUGCACAGCAGCAGCAAUAUGCGAGUGGCGUUCCGCAUGGCCAGUACCCUCAGACAGCUCAGCCUCAGGCGCCCCCAGUGUACAACAAUAUGUACUCUCCAAGUGCCAACCAUCAAGGGGCCCCUCCACCAUAUCCUUCCCAACAACCUGGACCAUAUAACCAAAUGGGCAUGAUGCCACAACCACAACCACCUGCUCAGAUGCAGCAGGCUCAAUAUGGAUCCGGCCCUCAGCAGAGCCUGUACCAGCAGGCCAACAUUAGAUCGGGUCGCCAAAGAGCUACUACCAUGGAAGUGCAACAGGGCGGUAUACCUGUCACUAUUCAAAGAGUCGCCAGCCACCUUGAUCCCAGCCAACCCAUCCGCCUCCAGCCCAGUCCCGCAUACUACCCACCGCCUCCUGACGGACUUCCCGACGGAAACCCCGGUAGCGCACGGAGGCGAGGAAGUAGAGCCGCGCAAGGUGGUCAGGGCGGUCCGAGAAGCAACCGCGACUUCAUCCGCAAUCUGGAAGAUCGCACUCUUGAGGAAGGUUUCAUGGGACAGAGCCAAUGGCAUUGA